CUGCGUAGAAUAUGAAAAAGGAGCAUUUUCUUUUUUUUUUUAAAAGAGAGAAUCCAAGAGACACAGAGACGGAGACUGACACAGGCACAGCUAGCUUCUAAAUGAGAAGAGUGAGAAGGGAGAUUUGAAGAAAUUUGAUUUUUGAAUGUUAUUGUUAUAUUAUAUCCGUGUCCUGUUCUGUCAAAGUUUACAUAUUUUAUUUGUAAUUUCUUAAUAUAAAACUAAGUUUUUCUUGGUUGAAGAUUGGUUUUCUUCGGGUUUUUAAGUGAUUUCGACCGUUUGGUGUCUGUUUCUCUGAUAGGAAAUAAGAACAGUUUAUGGUGUUUCUGAUUCUGUUCUGAGACUCUAGAGAGACAGAGUUUUAUUGAUCUAGCUGUUGUUGGUUGCCGAGUUUGAGGCAUUAUUGGGAUUAAGGGCAGAGACCGAGAGAUGAAUAGAGUUGGUGAUUCUUGGAAUCAUUUCUUGGUUGCAGUUGGGAGAUAAGUUUAAAGAUCAGGCUAUAUUGGGUAGCUUUCGGCAGAAAAAAAAAGGGACAAAUUUCCAGUUUCUGAGUCUUAAAGACCUGUUUGAUUGGAAACCAGACUGAAAUCAUGGUGGAAGAUGGUGGCAGUAGUGUCUUGCCAGAUAUUGAAUCAGCUGAUGACUGGUUGUUACAUGCACAAGAACUAGUUCCAGAGGCUCUUGAUAAGGCUAGAGAAGUUAAAGGGUUUCCUGGUAGGUGGAAGAUGAUAAUUUUGAAAUUGGAGCAGAUCCCGUCUCAUUUAUCUGACUUGUCAAGCCAUCCUUACUUCUCCAAAAAUACACUUUGUAAGGAGCAACUGCAGGAAGUGUCAAAUACCUUGAAGGAAGUAAUUGACUUGGCAGACUUGUGUGUGAAGGAGAAGUAUGAAGGGAAACUUAGGAUGCAAAGUGAUCUUGAUGCCUUAUCAGGGAAAUUGGAUUUGAAUUUAAGAGAUUGUGGACUUUUGAUCAAGACAGGGGUGCUUGGUGAGGCUACUUUGCCUUUGUCUGUGGCUGGUUCUUCAGCAGAAGGUGAGACUGCUGCAGCACAUGGCAAUUUAAGGGAACUACUUGCACGGCUUCAGAUCGGGCAAUUGGAGGCGAAGCACAGAGCUCUUGAUGGCCUUGUGGAGGUCAUGAAAGAGGAUGAAAAAAAUGUUUUGUCUGUUUUAGGGCGGAGCAAUAUUACUGCUUUAGUCCAACUGUUAACGGCAACAUCUCCUAAAAUACGAGAAAAGACUGUGACUGUAAUUUGCUCACUUGCAGAAUCAGGCAGCUGUGAAAAUUGGCUUGUUUCAGAAGGUGUUUUGGCACCACUAAUUAGGCUUGUUGAAUCUGGGAGUUCACUGGGUAAAGAGAAGGCUACAAUUUCUCUUCAGAGAUUGUCAAUCUCAGAAGAAACAGCCCGAGCAAUUGUUGGGCAUGGUGGAGUACGACCUCUAAUUGAGAUCUGUCAAACUGGUGAUUCUGUUUCACAGUCAGCAGCAGCAUGUACUUUGAAGAACAUAUCAGCUGUCCCUGAAGUUCGACAAACACUUGCUGAAGAAGGGAUCGUCAAGGUCAUGAUAAAUCUCCUAGAUUGUGGAAUUUUGUUGGGGUCUAAAGAAUAUGCCGCUGAAUGCUUGCAGAAUCUCACUGCCAGCAAUGAGAAUCUAAGAAGGUCAGUUGUUUCAGAAGGUGGAGUCCGAAGCCUAUUGGCUUACCUGGAUGGUCCUUUGCCUCAAGAGUCUGGAGUUGGGUCAUUGAGGAAUCUAGUUGGUUCAGUUUCUAUUGAGACUUUGAUUUCUCUCAACUUCCUUCCUCGGUUAGUCCAUGUGCUUAAAUCUGGAUCAUUGGGUGCACAACAAGCUGCCUCUUCAGCUAUUUGUAAGGUUAGCACCACAACAGAGAUGAAGAAAUUGGUGGGUGAAGUAGGGUGCAUUCCUGUGCUUGUCAAAAUGCUUGAGGCUAAAUCAAACGGUGUUAGAGAGGUUUCUGCCCAAGCAAUUUCAAUCUUGACAACUUAUUCUCACAAUUGCAGAGAAGUCAAAAAGGAUGAUAAAAGUGUGCCAAAUCUGGUCCAAUUGCUUGACCCUAGUCCACAAAACACUGCAAAAAAAUAUGCUGUUUCCUGCCUUGCCUCUCUUUCUUCAAGUAAGAAAUGUAAGAAAUUGAUGAUUUCAUAUGGAGCAAUUGGGUAUCUCAAAAAACUUUCAGAGAUGGACAUCCCUGGUGCUAAGAAGCUACUUGAGCGACUGGAAAGAGGGAAGUUGAAAAGUUUGUUCUCCAGGAAAUAGCAGUCAUCGCCUUCAGUAUCUUCUCUGUGUAUGGUUGUUGUUUCAUUAUCUGUAUGAAACAUAGGUAUCAUUCAUAUCUGUCUAGUGUUGAUGCUUGAUCAUAUGCUAAUUAACGAUAUCAAUGUCAUAAUGUUUAUAAAUGUAUAACUUUUCUCUUUA